UCUUUGUGUCCUGGUGCACAUUCUUUCAUAAUGAAAGUUACUAAUGUCUCAAAUCAAGAGGUCAUUAGACUGGUUCACCCACGUUUUCACUGCUGCGGCAGAAAUGAGCUAGAGAUUCAGUCUCCGCCAGGCACUGCCAUUGGAUAUGUUCGAAAAAACUGGCAUUGCCUACCCAAAUUCACUGUCAUGGAUGAAGAAGGUGAACUGGCAUUUAAGAUUGAGGGACCGUGUUUAUGCUGUACCUGCUGCGAGGAUGAUAACUUUGAGCUGCUGUCUUUGAAUGAGGAAGCGACAGAAGGAUCAUCUGGCAAGAUCUUAAAACCUAGCUCAACCAGUGGACCAAAUGCAGGUGCAGAUUUUGUGUUGAGGUUUCCAAGCAACCUGGAUGUGAAAAUGAAAGCUACUCUACUGGGAGUCUGCAUAUUUAUUGACUACACAUGUUAUAACACGGAAACUCUUCCGGUCUGGUUAACCUGCUUAUGACUGACAGGCUGAAAAAUACACAAGGUGCUGUGAAAACCACCUGGGACCUUGGGUUGCUCAUCAUGGAAAAUCC